AGGUUAGAAAUAACGCGCCUCUGAUUGGCCAGCCUUGGAUGACUUCAGAGCCAAGCCUUCCCACCUACUGACUAUCAGACUGAGGUGACUUUGAGGUGGGCCGAUUUCACAUCUUCUGGUUACAAAACACCACCCCACAACCCACCUCUACCUACCACGUCUCCUACCUUGUACUUUACCUCCUCUGUACUCACCAAACUUCCUAAUUGUAUUCUACCACCUCUCUUGAAUUUGCAAAAUGCCCGUACAACGCAUAUUAUCGCCUCUGGCGUCCUCCGCAGGCUCUGUCUUCAGAUUCGCCCCGUCGCCAACAUGCUCAUCUUUGCGCCCGUGUCAAUAUCUCCUUCGCUCCUUCUCCUCCUCACAAUCUACCAACGCCUCCUCGAAGCGAAAGAUGCAGACGAGUACAGCAUGGCAACCUCAUACACUCGGUAGCCAACCUCCGCCACCUCUCACGGGAGGAAUUCCCAGCUCGGUAACUCCAAGCAUACCCCAAGUCAACGACAUCCGCCCACCACCACAACCAGUAGCGCAGCAAAAAGCUGCCACUACUCAAGAAGUACCCGAGUCCGCGACUACACUGAAGGAGCAGGGAACACAAGAAUCUGAAGCUGCGAUACCAGCAACCAAGACAAGACGUGGAUACACCCUCCGGCCCAGAAAGGCAGCUAUGAAGUUAACCCCGGGCGCUGUGGAACAACUACGAACACUACUCGACCAACCAAAUCCCAAACUCAUAAAGGUUAGCGUUAAGAAUAAGGGAUGCAGUGGCUUGGCCUAUCACUUGGAAUACGUUGACAAAGCUGGUCCUUUCGACGAGGUGGUUGUGCAGGAUGGUGUGAAGGUGGUCAUUGAUAGUGGCGCAUUGAUGAGUAUCAUUGACAGCACGAUGGAUUGGACGGAGGAUAAACUAAACCAGAAAUUCGUCUUUACGAAUCCUAAUAUAAGUAAGUUUUCCAGUCUCACGAAAUUAUUCAAGUUCGUUACUAAUGGAAAUAUAGAGGAAGAAUGCGGUUGCGGCGAAUCCUUCAUGGUGUAAAUUAGACGUUGAUGAUACUAUAUAUUGGAUUUAUGAAUUUUUGGGAUCUGCGGGAGUUGCAUUGGGUGGCGUUUCUACUUGGGUUUGGGUAUCACGGAUGGAUACCAACCAGCAUCAGCGAAAUAGAGAUUGAUUUUGCUUUGGUUGCAUAUACGAUAUUGGU